CAAAAGUAUUUGACAUUUAUAUUACCCAUGUCUACUGAUUUUUCACUUACUGUAUCCAAUGUUGUCUUUUUAUGUCAGUGCACAUCCCACUGGACAGGAGCGAUGAGGGAGUGUGGCGUCUAUUUGGAGAUGUGUACUUGUGUGCAGUGCUCCUCUGCUCCUUGGGACUGCUCUCCAUCUUCCUGUUCACGCUUGUCCUCACCUGCCAGUACCUGCAUACACGUCAUACACUCAAAAAAGCCAGUUACUACCUGGUCAAGUGUCCAGACAGCAGCUCUGGAGAGACGGUGACCAGUUCAGUGAGCUCCUCCAGCUCGUCUCCUGGAAUCCACAGGAAGGAGAAGAGACACAAAGCACGCAGGAGAGACACACCCAGAGAACCAGAGGAGACACCGCCACACAUACCAGAGAAAGUGCCUGUAGCUGCAGAGAGACAGAGACCCAGGAAGCCUCUACGCUUAAAGUGCCAGCCCAGGAGGCUGGUUAGGUCGAGUGUCUGUGAGGAGGACAGCCUGACGUAUGCAGAGUUGGAGCUAGUACGACCCAGGCCUGAACCCCACUCCUCCUCCUCUCUGUCUUCUCUCUCCAUCCUUGAGCCUCUAGCCUCCAGCCCUUCCAGCUCUGACACGGUCUACGCCCAGAUCCUAUUCCGGGAGAAACCGCUGUAGAUGUCUUAUUUAACCUUUAUUUAACCAGGAAAGAACUUUGAGUUUGAAAAUAUACUUUUGUGUAGGCGACCUGGCAAGAUACAGUACAUAGAUCUGGACUCUGCAGAUCUUUGGCGCUGCCUUUUGGCCUUUGAUGUGCGCCACAAGACUGUGUUAGCUUGCUGAGCGCAAGUUUUGGCACAAGCUACGAACCUUCGAGGUUUCCGGAAAGAGCAUAGUUCACUGAACCACAUCCAUUAAACAAAUCCCUUAUUAUUUCAGCGGACUCAACGAGAUAAACAAGAAAAAUCUGCUUCACACCUUGACUCUAUUGAUUAAAUAUCUAUGUGGUUUUGUGUGUUGUUUGCUUGCAUCGCUGGUUGUUUUGUUUAGGUGUCAGAUUUUCUGUGUUAGAGAUGUGUGUAAAAUAAUGGUUUCUGCAUUCAACAAUGCUAGCUACAUGCUAGCUACUGUAUAUCAUUACCUUGCAAACAUAUUGGCAAGACAACAAGUUGGCUAAGGCAGAAAGCAUUGGAACUCUGUUUAAUGUUGACAUUUGUAAAUAGGCUACUAAUGUAUCUAAUAAUUGUGGAGAUGUUUCAUAUAUAAAUUGUUGUGUAAAUCAUUUUAUAACUGAAUUUAACCUGAAAUACAUAUAUCGUCCUUCUUUUAAAAUGUGUAUCCUGUUUCAAUAAAGAACAUAACUGUUUGAGUUCAUAAACAACUGUCCAUGGCCUUUAGACUCUCUUAAGCAUAUAGACUCACAUCUAUUAAUGCAUGAACAAAUAUCAGGAUAAUCAAAUGCAGUUCUAUCACUACAGUAGGGCUACUGAGAAUAUGUGGUAGAAAAUGUAAGGCUAAACACUAGAAAUAGAUCAUAGACACAGAUCUCAUGGGACAGAAAGACAGACAUCUUACUUAAGCACAGCAGCACUCCUCAUUUUCAGUCUACGUUCUAGAUUUUCAACAACACACCCCAGUCAUAAACACCACAGACAUAAACAAAUGUGAGUCAUCCCGGAGGUAGGAGGUUCCACGCUCUACUGCCCACAAGGGGUGAAGGAGAAGGCCAUUUUGUGAAGGUCAGAUUGUGAAGGAUGGAUGGAGUGAUGGGAUGGAUGGAGAGAACAAGAGA